UACUGUUUCCGUUAUUUAGAUUGACUUCCGGCUAGCUUGUUUUGUUUUCGACUUCGCAGAGUUGACAACCUUUUUUAACAAUAGUGUAUUGAUCGUUUUGUGUUAGUUGUAUUAUCAUUUUAUCGUUGAGGAGGUUAUAAUGUCAGGAGGAACUCGCCUAGAGAACGCCAAUCCUCUGAUAUUUCAGCGCUCGGGGGAAAGACUCGUGACUGCCGCCGAUGAGGAUGAAGAUGUAGCGGAUCCCAUCGAUGACAGAGAGAUCUUCGAUCUGAUCAGAUCGAUCAAUGACCCUGAGCACCCACUGUCCCUAGAAGAGCUGAAUGUCGUGGAACAAGUGCGCGUCAAUGUGAAUGAUCCGGAGAGCGUGGUGUCUGUGGAGUUCACUCCGACCAUCCCACACUGCAGUAUGGCCACACUCAUUGGCCUGUCCAUCAAAGUCAAGCUUCUGCGCUCCCUUCCGGACAGAUUUAAGAUUGAUGUUCACAUCACUCCUGGCACACAUGCCUCAGAGGAUGCAGUCAAUAAGCAGCUUGCAGACAAAGAGCGAGUGGCAGCAGCUCUGGAGAACUCUCAGCUGCUGGAGGUGGUCAACCAGUGUCUGUUCACCAGAACCAUGUGAUCACGAGAAUCCUGCCGCUGUUGUGUACACCUUUGACAGUCAGGAGUGAACUCUUACAGGCAAGCCAGAGUUGAGUGAUAAUACGAUUUUUAUAUAUAUAUAUAGUGCUGGACUCCACAAACAACACCAGGGCAGGAGGACUUUUUGCUUAAAAAGUGAGUGACGCGUCCAAGUUGAGUUUAAAAAUGUGCCAUGAAAAGAACAUCCAGAGAGAAUUCACGUGGAACCAUUUUUGUUUCUUUCUUUCUUUUCUGUUUGACAGUACGUGGAUACAUAAAGAAAUGUUGUUCUGUAAUGAUGUCAUAUUCUUAUGAAUAUGUACAAAAUGACUUUUACUUUUAGAAAGCUGUGGACUUUUCCAAGAAAUUUCUUAUUGGCCAAAAUGGAGAACGUGUGCAGCAGAAAUAAUUUCCACUGCUUUGUUUUGUAAAUCUUGUUUUUGUCAAUAAAACAAACAAAAAAAAAAAAAAAAAAAAAAAACAUGUGGAAUCAGUUUUGUCAGUUUAUACUAGACACGUUAUAAUAUAGGCAGGGACAGGGUAACUUCUUUAGUGUUAGCUAUUACUAACCUUCAUCACACCAACUUAUAGUACACUCUGUUAUUGCAUCUUUGAGAGACUGAAGUUAGGCUGAUGCUCAUCAAUGAUUCAGGGAAUGACAGGAAUCACAUGACUUCUUUAGGAAAAUUGUAGUUUUUUAUAAAGUUAUGAUUAAACCUUGUUUGUCUUGUGAAGUCUAAAGGGUAAUAGUCUGUGGAAGUUUAAGGUAGAAGUUGAUGAUACACAGAUGCUAGAAUAAGCACAAUAGUUUGCAGAGUCUGUUUAGAUUACACUUACUUGGCUUUCAAGUCACAAAAGUGCUUUCACUAGCAUGCAUUAAAAAUGCAUGGUAGAUACUAUUUCACGUAACCGAACUCUUAUUCAAUAGUUUUGUCUUUUUUGGUCCGGUCAUGAAAAUAAACGCCAAACUUCAAAUAUUAA